ACGAAUCUGAGAGCGCCGGUAGAGCGCACUACAAUGAAUUUAAAGGCUUUCAUUGGUUCCUUCCUUGAAGGUUCAACCAAUCGCAUGUGAUCGUAACAGUCAUCAGAAUUUCGAAAACUGUUCAGAAUCUGCAUAGUUGCAGAUUGAGUAUUCCUGAAGUAGUAUUUCUAUAUACCACUUCUAAUUAGCUCUGUGCUGCAGUGCCGCGGCAAACAGAAACACCGCUGGGAAUAGCUUCUAUCCGGACUUCUCCAUCUUAUUAUUCGUAUGUUUAAUAUGGCACCAAAAAAGACAGCUUUAAAAAAAUCUCUUGGUGAGACGACAAUGUUGAAAAGAUCAGUUAGUACUCGUGCGAAAAAGAACUCUGAUGUGAAAUUGGUAGACGAAUCUUCAAAGCGAAAAGCUGUUUCUCCCCUGAAGCAGUUGUCUAAAAGAUCAGCAUUUGGAGAUAUAACUAACGAUGCUGAUCUAUCGAAGAAAAUUGCCACAAAUAAAAAAGACUCAAAAAAGAAUGUGGAAACGAUUUCUCAUGUUGUUAAGAAAAACCUUAAAGAAUCAGAAAAUGGGAAUAAGGCUGUUAUGCCACAAAAAAAAACUGGCAGGAGUAACAUUCCAACAUUCCCACCGAAAGUGCAAAUGGCAAAAGCAAACAUAAAACCUGAAAAGGUACACCCAAGCUCAGUUUCGAAGCCUACAUGUGACAAAACAGAAGUUUUAACUUCUGUUCGUGUGAAAUCGCCAGAUUCCACUGACAAUGAGCUUUAUUUGACAGCUGUGGAAGAACUUAAAAAACUGACUACAAAGGAUGAGGAAAGAAAGAAAGAACCACUACCUCCACCUGGAGUUGAAGACUUUGAUGCAGAAAACAUGAGUGAUCCAGUCCAAGUUUCAGAAUAUGCUAUGGAUAUAUUCAGUUACCUCAAAGAGAGAGAGGCAAAGUUUGUAAUUGAUAACUACAUGGAGAGGCAAACCAGUAUAAACACUGCAAUGAGAGCUUUGCUUGUUGACUGGCUGGUUGAAAUACAAGAGAAUUUUGAGCUUAACCAUGAAACAUUAUACCUUGCUGUUAAGCUUACAGACAUAUAUCUAUCAAAGGUUACUGUAUCAAAAGAAACUUUGCAAUUAGUUGGUGCAGCUGCCAUCUUUAUCGCCAGCAAAUAUGAUGAACGAAUGGCCCCAAUGCUCGAAGAAAUGUUAUAUGUAUGUGAUGGAGCUUAUGACAAGAAGGAACUCAUAAGGAUGGAAAUAAAUAUCUUGAAUAAAGUGGGAUUUGAAUUGGGCAUUCCACUCUCAUACAGAUUUCUUAGGAGAUAUGCAAGGUGUUCCAAAGUAACUCUACCAGUCCUCACAUUGGCACGUUACAUCCUUGAACUCUCCCUUAUGGAAUACACAUUUGUGUCUGAAUCAGAUUCAAAGUUGGCUGCAGCUGCUUUAUUACUUGCUUUAAAAAUGAAAGAAAUAUCUGGGUGGACAAAAACUCUUCAGUAUUAUUCUGGUUAUAGCCUUGAAGAAAUCAAGGAUCUGGUUUUUAAGUUGAAUGACAUGCUGAAGAUGAAACCAAAGGAAGCAUUGUCCACAGUAAGAAACAAAUAUUCCCACAAAAUAUUUUUUGAAGUUGCCAAAGAACCAGUAUUAGCAGAAGUCAACCUGUGAUGAACACAAAUGCCAUUCUGGAGGUGCACUGCAGUAAUCAUUGUUGUUCAAUUCUUCAUUAUUUACUGUUUUUUCUGCCAGUAUAUUUUGUACAAAGUCUGUUAUUUAUAGACCUUUACUGAGGUUUUAUACAAUUCGAGGUUGAUACUUCCAGUGUAAAAACAUUUUUAUAUUCUUUACUAUUAAUCUAUACAUACUUUUAGAUGUACAUAUUUAAGUGCUGUAUUUUAAGUCUUUUGAAAAUAAAAUUUUUGACGUGAAUGUGAAUUGGUAAUGUGUAUACUUCUGUCAUUUUUGUAUUGUCAGCAUAGCACUGCCAACCAAGUCUUCCUUAAAAUUACAAAUCUGCUACUUUGCAGCAGUACUCAGCAUCACUGCUGUUUAUAUUGUACAAAGUUAUAAUUUUAUGUAUUUAUGACAACUGACUGUAAGUCUGUAAAUAGUGUAAAAAAUAAAUUUUCUUUUUGAUAA